AUGGCUAAAGGUGACCCCAAGAAACCGAAGGGCAAGAUGUCUGCUUAUGCCUUCUUUGUGCAAACUUGCCGGGAAGAGCAUAAGAAGAAGAACCCAGAGGUUCCUGUUAACUUUGCGGAAUUUUCUAAAAAGUGCUCGGAGAGGUGGAAGACUAUGUCCGGGAAAGAGAAAUCCAAGUUUGAUGAGAUGGCAAAAGCUGAUAAGGUACGAUAUGAUAGAGAAAUGAAGGACUAUGGACCAGCAAAAGGUGGCAAGAAGAAGAAGGAUCCUAAUGCACCCAAAAGGCCCCCGUCUGGCUUCUUCCUCUUCUGUUCAGAGUUUCGUCCCAAGAUCAAGUCUACAAACCCUGGCAUAUCCAUUGGGGAUGUGGCAAAGAAGCUUGGCGAAAUGUGGAACAAUCUCAGUGACAACGAGAAGCAACCUUACAAUAAUAAGGCAGCCAAACUGAAGGAGAAAUAUGAGAAGGAUGUCGCAGAUUAUAAGUCGAAAGGGAAGUUCGAUGGGGCAAAGGGGGCGGCUAAAGCUGCCCGGAAAAAGGUAGAGGAGGAAGACGAGGAGGACGAGGAAGACGAGGAGGAGGAGGAGGAUGAAGAAGAUGACGAAUGAAACUGUACCAUAUUCUGUCUCCAUGUGAAUACCAUAGAGUAGGGGAAACACCAUAAAUGAAACACCUCCUUUGUGAUGGUGUCGAUUGCCCUCAUUAGGCUUAAUUGGCUUCUGAUCACAUAGCUUCUCAAAAGUGCUUCUAGAUAGACAUUGUAACUGGUUUCCAUGAAGUGGCCAUGGGUAUCUCGGAGCACCCAGAAACUGUAUCAAAGUUGUACAUAUUUCCAAACAUUUUUAAAAAUGAAAAGGCGUUCUCGUGUUCUCCUCACUCUGUGUGCACUUUUGUCGUUGGUGUAAAAGCAUUUACAAAUGUUUCAGGCAUUUUUUUUUUUUAAUUUGUAAGGUGGUGUUUAACUAUAUGGUUACUGGCUAGAAAUUUGAGUUAUAAACUGUACAUAUCUUUAGUUUGUAAAAACAACAAAAAACCCCACACCCCUAGCCACAUUCUUGGGGUCCAGGCUUGAGGGGGCAUGAGGCUUGGCUGCCUUUCCUAGGGAGCUGCAACUCAAAGCCUACACUGUGAGGGUAGAUCGCAGGUAUACUGACUGCAGUGGGUGUCCAUUUAGUUAAAAAGUUGUCUUUCUGUAUAUAUAGUGGAAUAGCACCCUGCUCCCAUUCUUAGGUGUCGAAAGUGGGGGGUGGGGGUCAGCUGGCAUGAGAAAAGUGUCUGGAUUUUUGGUUUUCUUUUUAGUUGAAGUGCAGUAGUUUUAAAUGGAAAAAACUGUAGAGCUCUGCCUUGUUUAAGUCAAACAGAAAGCCAGGCCGAUGAUGCGAGGGGAAAAAAGAUAAAGCCUGUCCUUGAAUACAAUUUGGAAUGUUUUGGGGUUUUUUUUUUUUGUAUGUUUAGAAUGCUGAAAUGUCUUUUGAAGCAAAAUAAACAGUAUUACACUUUUAAAAACCGUUCUUGACACCAUUCAG